GACUCGGGUUCCGUUCCCGGAUCAGGCCUGGUUCCCGCGCCAGUGACGCUGCUCCCCACGCCCUUCCUAGCACACCACUUCCAUCGAGCCGUGGAGCUCGCCCCUCUCUUCAACGCCCUGGUGGAUGCCGUCAGCCAGGACGCGGAUUUCCUGCAAUCCACACUCGCAAGUGCAGGGCGCUCUGACUCUUUCACAGCCGGUCUCCUCCGAAUACACGCGGAGAUAAUAAAGGAGGGCAUACAGCAGCCUUUACGGCUGGGCAUGCACAGAUCUGACUACAUGCUGGACACAGUGACAGGGGGCGUGCUGCAGGUGGAGCUCAACACCAUCUCCUCCUCCUUCCCUGGGCUCACUUCAAGGGUCACAGAGUUACACAGGCACAUGGUGGGGAUGUAUGGCGAGAAGGCGGGUCUGUCGGUGGACGCUGUGCCUGUCAACACGGCAGCAACGGACAUGGCAGAUGCACUGGCGGCGGCAUGGAGAGAAUACGGGGAUGAGAGCUCUCUCAUCCUCAUGGUGGUGCAGAAGCCAGAGCGGAACAUGUAUGACCAGCACUGCUUGUCGCAGCUCGUGUGGCAGAGGCACGGGAUUAGAGUGCUGAGGAAGAGCCUCAGGGAGGUGCAGCAGCAGGGGGCAAUAACAGACAACAGUGGCGACUUGACAGUCGACGGCCAUCACAUAUCAGUGGUAUAUUACCGUGCAGGCUACGGCCCCGGUGACUACCCAACUGAUCUUGAGUGGGAGGCCCGCUUGUUACUUGAGCGAUCAGCAGCAGUCAAGUGUCCCACCAUCGCGUACCACCUGGCAGGAGCGAAGAAGGUGCAGCAGCAGCUGGCACAGCCGGGUGUGCUGGAGAGGUUCGUUUCAGACGAGGCGUCUCUGCAAGCCAUGCGGCAAUGCUUUGCUGGGCUGUGGAGUUUGGAGGAGGAAAGGGGGGCAGGGGAAGGACCAGCUGAUGGUGGGGCAGCACGGAAUGAAAUCAUUUCGAAAGCGAUUCGGGAGCCAUCCGAGUUUGUGCUGAAGCCGCAAAGAGAGGGAGGAGGCAACAACAUCUACGACGAGGAAAUUACCAGGAAGCUCACGGAGCUGACAGAAGCAGGGGAGGCGGGGAGGCAGGAGCUAGCAGCGUUCAUUCUCAUGCAGCGGCUCUUCCCCCCCGUGCACCGCUCCCAGGGGAGGCAGCAGCUAGCAGCGUUCAUUCUCAUGCAGCGGCUCUUCCCCCCCGUGCACCGCUCUGUGCUCAUCCGAAGGUGUCAGCACAGCUGGAACGAUACUCUUUCCGAGCUGGGCGUGUAUGGCACGUACCUGAGUGAACAGCAGUACCUGCUCUUCCCCCCCGUGCACCGCUCCGUGCUCAUACGGCGGUGCCUGCCAGCACAGCUGGAACGACACACUCUCUGA